AUGUUCCGGUACGCCGUGAGGCUCGUCGGGUCGUCGCUCAGCGCGGACGUCGAGCCGGACGAGGACGCGGCCGCGGACGCGAUCGCGCGGCGGCUGCGGCGGCGCGAGGGCGGCUCCCCGAACGACGUCGCCGUCUUCGCGGAUCUGCAUCGACGGAUGAAACAAGUCCCGGGGCUUCAGAAGCGCUGGGCCGUCCUCCACGCGCUGUUGAGAGCGUCCGAGGAGGCGGACAAGGAGAAGGAUCGUCGCGAGGGGGGUGCAUGGGACGGCGACGACGGCGGCGGCGGAGCGCGGACGAACGCGCUGUCCUUCGCGGCGAGCGCGGGAGGUCUCCCCGCGCUGCGCCCGGACGGUUCAAAUCGUGCGCGCGAACGUCAGACGACGACGACGACGACGACGACGACGCGCGACCCCGGGGACGCGCGCGCGCUCGCGAACGGCGACGGCUCCACGCUGGGCGUGGACCACCCGAGCUCGCGAGCGGCGGCGAUGAAGCUCCUCGCGAGAGAGGCGACGCUGUCCGCGGAGGUGGGCGAGCCGGAGCUCGUGCGAGACGUCCUGUUCGCGUGCCAAGGCAUCGACGGCAAAUUUCUAAAGUUCGACCCCGCGGAGGGCGCGUACGUCGUGCGCGCGGACGCGCCGGUGUCCCCGGGCGCGGCCGUCCUCGCGCGGAAGCUCACGGAGCUCGGAUGGCUGUUCCGUAAGAUCCGCGCGUGCCUCGGCGGCGACGACGCUGACGUCGUCGCGACGACGACGCCGGCGAGCGCGGAUUCAGACGUCGCGCCGCCCGCGACGCCGAGCCUCGGGACGCUCGGCGCGCUCGGCGGCGACCGCGGCGAGCUCGACGGCGGCAGCGUCCGCCGCGCGUUCAAAGCGCGCGUGCAGGGCGAGCUGUCCGAUUACUACAGGCUCAUCGCGGUGUUGGAGGCGCAGGCGCAGGUGCCGAUGGCGGCCGCGUUGGAGAGCGCGCGCGACGACUCGAGUGGGGAGACGUAUCUGACGCUGCGACGGCUCUCCGUGUGGCUCGCGGAGCCGACGAGGCGGCUUCGGCUGCUCGCGGUGCUCGUGGACGCGUCGCGUUUCAACAAGGGCGGCGCGCUGCUCGGCGUGCUGCACGCGCACGCGAAGCACGGCGACCCUGCGCUGUGCGCGACGGUCGCGCGGCUGUUAUCCGCGGCGGCGGCGCCGAUGUACGCCGCGAUUCAGAAUUGGGUCGUCCUCGGCGAGCUGGACGACCCGCGGUCGGAGUUCUUCGUGACCUCGGACCCCGCGGUCGCGGAGGAGGACCUGUGGCGGCAUCGGUACGGCGUCGACGACGCGAUGCUGCCGCCGUUCAUCACGCGCGAGCAGGCUGCGGACGUUCUGCGCGUCGGGAAGAGCAUCAACUUUCUCCGACGGUGCUGCGACGACGACGGGUGGACGGCGGAGAGAGCGCCCGUCGCCGCCGCGGCGGCGAACGCGGGCGGGCUCGGGUACGGCAACCCGAAAGCCCUGGACGCGCUCAUCGCGGAGGCGAAGCGCAGGAUCGAUCGCUGCCUGCGAAGAGUCCUCUUCGAGCGGUACAAGCUCUUCGAGCACUGCUUCGCGGUGAAGCGGUACCUGCUCCUCGGUCAGGGCGAUUUCCACGCGUGUCUCAUGGAUCUCGCGGGCGAGGACCUCGCGGAGCCGGCGUCGAACGUCAGCGCGUACAAGCUCUCUGGCACGCUCGAGUCCGCGAUCAGGGCGUCGAACGCGCAGUACGACGAGAGCGACGUCCUCGACCGUUUACGCGUGAAGAUGAUGCCCGCCGCCGGCGCCGACGAAGUCGGCUGGGACGUCUUCUCGCUCGAGUACCAAACCUCGGCGCCGUUGACGACGGUGUUCACCCCGGACGCGAUGGGCAAGUACCUCCGCGUGUUCACUUUCCUGUGGCGAUUAAAGCGCGUCGAGCACGCGCUGUGCGCGACGUGGCAGACGAUGAAGCCGAACGUCACGGCGGCGCUCGCGCGCGACGGCGUCGCCGGCGCCGCGGGCGUCGCGCUCGCGGAGGAGCUCCGACGGUGUCACACGUUGCGCGGCGAGAUGCAUCACUUCAUCGCGAACUUGCAGUACUACGUCAUGUUCGAAGUCUUAGAAGGGUCGUGGGAGGUGUUCACGCGCGAGAUGCGCGACGCGCGCGACCUAGACUCGCUCAUCGCCGCGCACGAGCGGUACUUGGACGCGGUAUUGCAGAAGGCGUUGCUGGGCCCAAAGUCGCAGCUUCUCGCGCACGCGUUGAGCACGCUGUUCGAGGUCGUGCUCCGAUUCCGCGGGUUCGCGGACCGUCUGUACGACGUCGCGCGAGACGCCGCGAUGCGGCGGCAGCUCGCGCGGCUGCGCGUGGAGCAGCGCGCGGAGCAGGCGACGUGGGGGUCGCUCCCGGGGGAGGACGCCGCGGGGGGCGACGGCUUGCUCUCGGAGGCGUUCGUGUCGGAGAUGCGCGAGCAGCUCGACGCCGUCGGCGCGGACUACGCGAAGAUGCUGGACGGGUUUUUGAACUUGCUUCCGCUGCAGACGCACGUGGACUUGAAGUUUCUGCUGUUCCGGCUGGACUUCUCGGAGUAUUACUGCAAGCAGAAGAUCGGGCCUUCGCCCGGGUCGUUGCCGUUCUGA